AUGGAUAGCAGAUAUGCCAUGAAUCUAUUUGGAUCGCGAUGGAAGGUCAUCUGGAGCGAAGCAUCUGUUGUGGGUGCAAAGAACUAUGCGUCGGCAACAGGCAGGGUGAAGGUGUGGAAGGUCACGUUGAGUGUUUAUGGGUUCACAGAUAGUGAUGGAUAUGUAUAUAGUAAAGAGAAAGAACAGCCAUCACAGCUCAUAGCGUUGGCUCCGCCUCCUGAAUUAGAUGGUGAUGAUGCACUUAUAUGA